GGGCCUGGCCGGGGCGGGGCGCUGCAGCCUCCGAGCCGCCAGCCGGCCGGGGCUGGGGUCGCGCCGCCGCCGCCCGCCGCGGCCAUGGAGGACGAGCGCAAGGACGGAGCCUACGGAACCCCGCAGAAGUAUGACCCAACCUUCAAAGGACCCAUUUAUAACAGGGGCUGUACUGACGUCAUCUGCUGUGUGUUCCUCCUCCUGGCCAUCGUGGGUUAUGUGGCUGUGGGCAUUGUAGCCUGGACCCAUGGGGACCCCCGGAAGGUGAUCUAUCCCACAGAUAGCCGAGGGGAGUUCUGCGGCCAGAAAGGCACCAAAAACGCGAACAAACCCUUCCUGUUUUAUUUCAACAUCGUCAAGUGCGCCAGCCCCCUGGUCCUGCUGGAGUUCCAGUGCCCCACCCCCCAGAUCUGCGUAGAGAAAUGCCCCGACCGGUACCUCACCUACAUGAGUGCUCGCACCUCCCACACCACCAUGGACUACUACAAGCAGUUCUGUGUCCCUGGUUUCCAGGGGAACAAGCCUGUGGUUGAGGUGCUUCGAGAUGGUGACUGCCCAUCUGUCCUUACCCCCAGCAAACCCUUGGCCCGACGUUGCUUCCCGGACAUCCAUGCCCACAAGGGGGUCCUUAUGGUCGGCAACGAGACAACAUAUGAUGAUGGACACGGUAUCCGGAAGAAUGUCACUGAGCUGGUGGAGGGUGCCAAGAAGGCCAACGGGGUUCUGGAGGCGCGGCAGCUCGCCAUGCGGAUAUUUGAGGAUUACACAGUCUCCUGGUACUGGAUCAUCAUUGGGCUGGUCAUCGCCAUGCUGCUCAGUCUCCUCUUCAUCGUCCUGCUCCGCUUCCUGGCCGGCAUCAUGGUGUGGGUGAUGAUCGUCAUGGUGAUUUUGGUCCUGGGCUAUGGAAUAUUUCACUGUUACAUGGAAUAUGCCCGACUGCGCGGGGAGGCUGGCUCGGACGUCUCCCUGGUGGACCUUGGUUUCCAGACGGAUCUCCGUGUGUACCUGCACCUGCGGCAGACCUGGAUGGCCUUCAUGAUCAUCCUCAGCAUCCUCGAGGUCAUCAUCAUUCUGCUGCUCAUCUUCCUGCGGAAGCGGAUCCUGAUUGCCAUCGCGCUCAUUAAGGAAGCCAGCAGGGCUGUGGGAUACGUGAUGUGCUCCAUGCUGUACCCGCUGGUCACUUUCGUCCUCCUGUGCCUCUGCAUCGCCUACUGGGCAUGUACGGCUGUCUUCCUCUCCACAUCCAACGAAGCCAUCUAUAAGAUCUUCAGUGACAACACUCAUGACAGUUGCUCAGUGAUUGGCCAAACCUGUAACCCUGAGACCUUCGCCUCCUCCAACGAGUCCCGCUUGUGCCCUGGUACUUACUGCCAGUUUGCCUUCUACGGAGGAGAAUCGGGGUACCACCGCGCUCUGCUGGGCCUGCAGAUCUUCAAUGCCUUCAUGUUCUUCUGGUUGGCCAACUUUGUGCUAGCCCUGGGCCAGGUCACUCUGGCUGGGGCUUUUGCCUCCUACUACUGGGCUCUGAAUAAACCGGAUGACCUGCCUGCCUUCCCGCUCUUCUCUGCCUUUGGGCGCGCGCUCAGGUACCACACGGGCUCCCUGGCCUUUGGAUCCCUUAUUCUGGCCAUCGUGCAGAUCAUCCGCGUGAUACUAGAAUAUUUGGAUCAGCGCCUGAAAGCUUCAGAGAACAAGUUUGCCAAGUUCCUUAUGACGUGUCUCAAAUGUUGCUUCUGGUGCCUGGAGAAGUUCAUCAAAUUCCUCAACAGGAACGCCUACAUCAUGAUCGCCAUCUAUGGCACCAACUUCUGCACCUCAGCCAGGAACGCCUUCUUCCUGCUCAUGAGAAAUAUCAUUAGAGUGGCCGUCCUGGACAAAGUCACCGACUUCCUCUUCUUGUUGGGCAAACUUCUGAUCGUGGGGAGCGUGGGAAUCCUGGCUUUCUUCUUCUUCACCCACCGCAUCAGGAUUGUGCAGGACACGGCUCCAGCCCUCAAUUAUUACUGGGUCCCUAUCCUGACGGUGAUCAUCGGCUCCUACCUGAUCGCCCACGGCUUCUUCAGCGUCUACGGGAUGUGUGUGGACACCCUCUUCCUCUGCUUCUUGGAGGACCUGGAGCGAAACGACGGCUCGGCCGAGCGCCCCUACUUCAUGUCGUCCAACCUCAAGAAGCUCUUGAACAAGACCAACAAGAAGCUGGAAUCCUAAGGACCCCCUCGAGGUGUCCCGCGGGGUGCUGGAGAGUGGGGUCCAUCACCCCCCUCCCCCAAGUCCCUCACUGCCGCUCCCCAUACCCCCACAGUCCUCCAUCACUCGGUGACCAGCAGUUUCUGGGGACCUGGAAGAUUUGGGGGGCAUCAUGUCCCUGUGCCAAGGAGGUGCAGUUGGGGAUCUCACGGCAGAGCCCUCAUCCUGACCCCAAGACUGCCAGUCGGCUGAGCUCGUCCUUGCCCUCCCCCACCAGGAGGCCGUCCCUGGGGGCUCUUGCCAUGUGGCAUGGCCUGGGUGCAGCCUCAUGGUUCCUGGUUCCCCUUUUUAUUAUUAUUAUUUUUGACGGUGCCGGGGAUCGAACCCAGGGCCUCAUGUAAGCAAGGCAAGUGCUCUCCCACUGACCUUCAUCGCUGGCCCAUCCAGUUCCCCAUCUUCAGGACACUGACUAGACAGUAUGUGGGGCCUGGAGAUAGCCCGGGCUCAACAAGCUAGGUGCCCUGUACCCCACCACUCCCUCCCCUUGUCUGCUCUGGCCAGAGCGGAAUAUUUCAAGGUGGCUGGGUUCACUCCCGGGCAUUUCUGGGGGACUAUUUUUCCCUUUUGGAUUGUGUUGAAGGGCCUCUGAGCUGUGUUUCUGUCUCUGUAGCUGAGAUGGGUCACCCCCCCUGCACUGGACGGUCUUCCGAUGCCCGCUGCCCACUUGCGUGGGUCCGGGGCUGGGGGUCAGAGAUGGAGGGGGCACUGUGUGCCACCAGAAGCAGGCCCCAGCAGUGGCCGCUUCAUGGAAACCUGUUUGCUGGCUGGAGCACGGCGCCUCCCCUGCCAGUAGCCAACAGCGCUCUCUUUGUGAGAGCACAGAAAUGGAAUCUACCCCAGGGAUGGUUUGGGGGGGGGGAGGGGGCGGGCGCCAGUGACACUCCUGUGCUGUUUCCUCGUCUUGAGGAUCCUUUUUGCCAAAACUCACUGAACUCAGGGGACCUGGUUUCCUGGUUCCCCCUACACCGUGCCCAAGGCCCCCCUCCUGCCCUCGCGACUGGGAUCCCCAGUAUCCACUUCCUGUGCAACCCCCGCCCCCCCACCUGCAUUCCAACCACUAAUAAAGUGCCUACUGUACA